UGCUAAGUUGCAGCAGUCGUGUCAAAGUUCACUAUAUAGAGAGCUCAGUGAGCUGAUCAGAGAGAAAGCAUUCUGCCAGCCCGGCUCCUACCAAUCGCAAAUCACUUCCUAACCUCCGCCUUUUUAACAUAUUUGAUCACUUUGAUUCUCUACUCCUUUUUCCUAUUAUUUUUCAGUGCACGGAGAAGGUUUGUGAUCUUAGUUUUUAGUUUUUUUGUUUUUUAGUGCAUUCGCUUUUUUUGGAAGAGUUGUCUUCAUAUUCCAGGCUCUCCAAAAACAUUGGCUUCAGCUGCGCGCUUGCUGGCGCUACCUCACAAGAAGAAAAGGAAGAAGACGCAAUUUUUUUUACCCAGUUGGUGAUUUUCUUCUUCAAGACUUGUGCUGGAACUUGAUAGUAGCUGCUACAGUGUGCUCACCAAUUGUUUUAUGCUGCUGCAGGCACGGUCUUACCAACCCUGCUCCAUCAUUCACUGAAUAGUCCAUGCUACCUCGGCUUCUUAUUUUAAUAUUUAGCCUACAUUUCCCAUUGAUGGGUGUACUGGAUGGCUGACUGUAAGCGCCCCUGGACUUGGCCUUUAAGCGCAAGGCAGCGACUCAGCUCGCCAUCGCAUCAGUUUUGAAAACGUGCUUCGCAACGUCUCCAACAGCAAUAAAUCGACAGUUAUCAGGAGAUUCUGAGUGGAUUCAACGUAGGCUAGAUCUGACAUUUUGUGUGUCCGGCUGUUAAUCACAGUUUACCGCGUUUCCUUGAGACAUUAUUCACCGCGACACCAACACGGCAGACAAAAAGUUUCUUUACGUUGACUGAUAGAUAUGGCAAUGGUAGUGUGGAGAGGCUCCCAGGACGAUGUGGCUGACACCCAAGGCACCCUUUCCUCGCAAACCCAAGGAGGACUAUCUCUUCCCACCCCUCAACCAGGCCAGUUGAAUCUGACAGCCUCUCAGGUCGCCCCUCCGACCCCUCAGACUCCGGUCCAAGGACCCCCGAACAACACACAGUCCACGCCGACGAACCAGACGACGCAGCAGUCGGAGAAACAGCCACAGCACAUUGAAUGCGUGGUCUGUGGGGAUAAAUCUAGUGGCAAACACUAUGGCCAGUUUACUUGUGAGGGCUGCAAAAGCUUCUUCAAACGGAGCGUACGACGGAACCUCACUUACACAUGCCGUGCCAACAGGAAUUGUCCAAUCGACCAACAUCACCGCAAUCAGUGUCAGUACUGCCGCCUCAAAAAAUGCCUCAAAGUCGGCAUGAGACGGGAAGUUUCUCUUUUUACUGCAGCCGUGCAAAGGGGACGGGUGCCACCCACACAGCCACACCACGGUCAGUUCGCCUUGACAAAUGGAGACCCACUGCCCCCCUUCCCUACUUAUCCAAUAUCUUUCUGUUGGAGGGAGCCCUACCCCCGCCCGUAGGGAGUCAGUGCUGCCCCCCCCCCAAAAUGGGCAUCGAGAAAUUUGUGAACUACAGCCAGGUUUCUCUAAAGCCCGUGGAGUGGGCCGGGAAUUCCCUUUUUCCAGACCUUCAAUCACCGCCCGGGUGGCUUUUCUGGGGUUUGGGGAGUGAGUUAUUUGUGCUAAACCCCGGGGGGGGCCAGUGCUCCAUCCCCCUGCUGUGGCCCCCUCCUGGCGGCGGCGGGCCUUCACCCUCCCCCCCGUCUCGGCGAGUGGGGCCCUUUUUGGACCACAUUAGGU